UAUAACUAGCGUCACGAACCCACGACCCCGGAUGGGUAGUAAUCAGUGAAAUCACCAGGCGACUAGGUCAGCCGUCAGAUUUUGUAAUCACGUGGUCGACUGGCACGGCUCGACUUUCCCGUUUUACCUUGGAUUCGAUUUGAUUUCUGAACUGUCUAUUUAGCCUAGUUUCACUACGAUAUCCGUCGGAAUCAGUCGAAAAUGAGCUGCUUGGACCAAUUGAAGAAGAUGACCACGGUCGUCGCCGACACCGGCGAUUUUGAAUCCAUGAAAGCAUACAGUCCUACAGAUGCCACUACAAAUCCAUCUCUAAUCCUCGCUGCUGCUAAAAAUUCCGAAUAUCAUAAAUUGAUUAAAAAAGCUGCAGAAUAUGGUGUUGCACAUGGAAAGAAUCUCGAUGAACAAGUGGAAGCCGCAAUGGACCAAUUGGUUGUUCUGUUUGGAACAGAAAUACUUAAAAUCAUUCCAGGGCGGGUCUCAACUGAAGUUGAUGCUAGAUUGUCUUUCAACAAGGAAGCCAGUAUUGAAAAAGCUAAGAAAUUGAUCAAACUCUACGAAGAGCAUGGCAUUUCAAAGGAAAGAGUACUGAUCAAGUUGGCUUCUACUUGGGAGGGAAUUGAAGCUGCAAAGUUUCUCGAACAAGAGCUUGGGAUACACUGUAAUCUUACAUUGCUGUUUUCUUUCUGUCAAGCAGUGGCUUGUGCUGAGGCAAAAGUUACCUUAAUUUCACCAUUCGUUGGAAGAAUAUUGGACUGGUAUCUUAAAAAAACUGGAAAAUCAGGUUACUCUGGGGAUGAAGAUCCAGGUGUCAUCUCCGUUACAAAGAUCUUCAAUUACUAUAAAAAAUUUGGGUACAAAACUCAAGUAAUGGGUGCUUCAUUCAGAAAUACAGAUGAAAUUAAGGAAUUGGCUGGUUGCGAUCUAUUGACCAUCAGUCCAGCUCUUUUAGAACAAUUGGGAAAGCAAAAUGAAAAACUCACAGUUAAAUUGGAUGCUUCGAAAGUUUCUACAUUCCACGUUGAUAAAGUUGUGCUGGAUGAACCGACAUUCCGUUGGAUGCUGAAUGAAGAUGAAAUGGCCACUGACAAACUAUCUGAAGGCAUACGAAAAUUUGCUGCAGAUGCUGCAAAGCUCCAAGAAAUAAUGACUGAAGCUGUUAAACAAUGUUAAUUCGUGUAACCUUUUGAUAUAUUAAAUUAUAUUUUUGUAUGCAAAUUGUCUAAAUUGUAAUGUAUAGUUUCUAUAGAAGGGGCACAGGAUGAAAUAAAAAAUAAAUGUA